GCGUAGCGCUUAUCAUAGAUGUCAUGCUUAAAUAAUAUAUAACUAAAAUGAAGGAAUAUACGUGAGCCUUGUAUCGAUCACUGACUGUCUAUGUGACAGUGACAAUAUCAUCCGGUUGACCGCGGUCAUCGCAAGCUCUCUCCCGCUCGAAACAUGAAAACGGCCGCUGAUAAAAGUGCGGUUGACGUUGAUUACGCAUUUGCAGCACGAUUCAAACAUGGCUGCGCCCACAGAGAGCAAGGAUGCUGGUUUUACAGUCUCUAAUGGUCAGUCAACAGCUGAAAAUGCUCCACUACAGUAUAGUCUUAUUUUGGAUCACCUCAUCGGUGAUAAAAGGAAAAUUAAAGACUUAAAUCCGACGGUUAUGGGGGCUUUGCCGAGUCCACAGAAAACGGAUGAGCAGAAGAUGAUCGAGAGGGGAAUGGAGAGCUGCGCUUUUAAAUCCCUUAUCGCAUGUGUCGGAGGGUUUGUGUUGGGAGGUGCUUUUGGGGUCUUCACAGCUGGCAUCGACUCCAACGUUGGUCUCGAUCCCAAAGACCCCCUAAAAACUCCCUCAGCGAGGGAAGUUUUGAGAGACAUGGGGCAGAGAGGAAUGUCGUAUGCAAAAAACUUUGCCAUUGUGGGUGCGAUGUUUUCAUGCACAGAGUGUAUCAUUGAAUCACAUCGUGGAAAAUCUGAUUGGAAAAAUGCUGUUUAUAGUGGCUGUAUUACAGGAGGUGCAAUUGGAUUCAGAGCUGGUCUCAAGGCUGGAGUUCUGGGCUGUGGAGGGUUUGCUGCCUUUUCUGCUGCUAUUGAGUAUUACCUCCGAUGAGCAUCAGCUUUAGGACUAUUAUUGUGUACCGUGUCCAUUUCCUCACGGUGUGUUUGAAACACAACACGGAGAACAUUUUCAGUGCAAUCUUCUGUCCUACUGAUCACUGCUAUAAGUCUCACCAGAAGAGGACUAGAAUGCUCUGUUGUCUGAGUGGACCAAUAGGAUUACAAACCUGAAGAGAAGUUUUGUGCAUAGGUUUUACGGAGGAUGUGCAGACCUCGUCUUAAAUGAUUAUUAUACCAUCUGCCCAUUGGCUAGACAACAAACCAUCUGAUGGUGCACAUCACCCUUGAUGACAUCCCUGGACAAUAUUUAUAUAUUUUGACCAGUCAAUCUUCCUAUAAAGUUUCAUUAUUAGUAACCCCUGACAUGUUUUGUGUGUGUGUGUGUUUUUUUUUGUCUAUUAAUUAACUCCUUACUGUCGCGGGCCCACAGGUGGGCCCAAUUGUUUAUGUAACUUAAACAAACAGCCUCUUCUAAAACUAAAAUAACUGUGACAAACUACACAUCGGUGGAAAGCUAAGAGAAUGCAUUUAUCAUAUUUCAUCACCAUUUAGCAAAAGAAUGAUGUAGUGUGCAGAAUUUUGUAAAAUAUCACAGGCGGGCCCAGGUUGUUAUUACCUAUUUAUAACACUAAUAUCCUACUCUAUACCUAAAAUAAUUUUGAAGACCUGUGUAUUAUUGUAAACUUUCAAGAAAUUAGUUUUUAUUUUAUAAUAAUGCAGUGACAGUAAUGUAUCAAUUUGUUACAAGAAUAUGCAACAAACCAAUGACACCUAGUGGUUGUUGAUGGUAAAUGUACCUCAGUUUUUGUGUUUUAAACUUCAAAUUUGGAUCAAAGCUUGUUUUUGUUUAGCAUUUUUGGCAUGAAACAUUAACAUUUUUCUAGAUUUUUAAUAUAAAACACAAUUUAAGUUUAUUUUGAUGAACAAAAAUAACGCUAUAAACUGCUAAACUUUCAUUUAACCCUUGUGGGUUGUUCAAACUCACUACCCUUUCGGGUUGUUUGUGUACAAAAAUGGCACUAA